CCCAGUGUUUACAGGAAGCGGGGAGGCGGAGAGGGAAUCUGGUGAUGUAUAAGAGGCCUGCUGGCCUGCACUGCGUCUCCCAUAGCCUGUGGCAGGCACAAAUGACACUUGGCUUCCUCUGAGGUAGAUGCAGCAUGGUGGCUCUGGCCCUGACACUCCUCAUAGCAGCUGCUGCUGCUGCGUUCUCGCUAGGAGUUCUGCUGUGGGUGAUCUGCAUACAACUUUGGACAGAGCACAUCCCCGAAGGCAUCACUCAUCCUGUGAGGCUGCGAAUCCUCAGUUGCCUUUUACGUCUGUCAAUGACAUGGGGGAUGAUUUUUGAGAAGCUGGGACUGUGUUAUGCACCCCAGUUUGCCAGUUUUGUGCAUGAUCUGAAGCCACUCAAGAGAGAUCCUGAUGUUGUGGUCACAGAUCUUCGCUUUGGGACAAUCCCUGUGAAACUAUAUCAGCCCAAGGAAUCCUCCUCUACCCUUAGGCCUGGCAUCAUCUUCUUCCAUGGUGGUGGAACCAUCCUGGGGAGCUUGAGAACCCACCAUAGCAUAUGCUUACGUUUGUCCAAGGACUGUGACUCUGUUGUUGUGGCAGUCGGAUACCGAAAGUCUCCCCAGUACAAGUACCCAGUAAUGAAAGAGGACUGCGUGGCAGCCACCACCCAGUUUCUGAAAUCAUUGCAUGUGUAUGGAGUGGACCCAGCUCGGGUAGUGGUCUGCGGUGACAGCGUAGGAGGGAAUGCAGCCACUGUGGUUUGUCAAACAUUUGUGAACCAGGCAGAUCUUCCUCGGAUCCGGGCUCAGGUUUUGAUCUACUCCUCACUGCAAACCAUCGACUUUGGGGGCCCUUCUUACCAACAGAAUGCCAACAUCCCACUGCUCUCUUGGAAUAUGGCCUUCUACUGUUACUGUUGUCACCUAGACGUGAAGACUUCCUGGAAAAGCGUCAUCAAGAACCGCGCCCAUUUGCCUCUGGAAAUCUGGGAGAAAUACAGAAAGUGGUUGGGCUCAGAAAACAUCCCAGAGAGGUUUAAGAAGCGAGGCUACCAAUGCAUACCCCCAGGGCCUGUGAAUGAAGAUGCUUACCAGGAGGUAAAUGUCAUACUGAACACAACAUGCUCACCCCUCAUUGCAGAAGAUGAUAUAGUAUCUCAGCUCCCAGAAACCUGCAUUGUGAGCUGUGAGUAUGACCUUCCGGACCAUUCACUCCUAUACAAGAAGAGGCUGGAAGAUCUGGGGGUGCCUGUGACGUGGUAUCAUAUGGAGGAUGGUUUCCAUGGAGUGCUUAAUACCCUUGACUUUGGCUUCUUGAGCUUCCCUUGCUCUUCAAGAAUUAUGGAUGUGGUUACCCAGUUUAUUAGAAAGUUGUGACCCUCAUUCCUUCCUGUGGUGGCUCCAUCAACCUAGUCUGGGUCCUAGAAGAAUACAAUGUAUGCUCUUUAUGAUGAGUAGAGAGGAGACAGGCUGAAGAGAAUGGAGUGAGGCUCUAUGUCCUUGUUCACUCUUUGGGGAAAAUCUGAGCUGACCAUCUUCAGCAUCUGGUUGAGAGACUGAAUUUAUACAUGAAGCUUUCCAUAAUCCUCUUAGCUAGAAGUCAGGCUGUCUAGGCUGAUUGAGACUGUAUGAUAGGUGUAUCUGGUUGACUUGACCUUGAAGAAAACAGGUGUGUUGUGUAUAGUCUCAUUAGGCUCUGCCAGUGUGGCUCAGAAUGUAGAACUGUGAUGCCCAAGUUUGUUGGGUGGUGGGUGGUGAUGACAAUCUCUGGGUGCCCAGCUUGCUUAAGCUGAAAGCUAUGAGACAGCGAACAGAUUCCCCAUGGUACAGGACUCCUAGAUAAGAUGAAUAAAAACUGCCAGAAUUGUG